AUGAGGGCAUCUCACAAAGCCUGCGGCCUACGCGGCUCAAGUAUUGUUGCGGCUCACGCAGACCUAGGACUCCCCCGUCACGCCAUGCAGAUGUGUCCGUGGGCCACGGUUGUGCUCGUCACUUUGCUUGGCCGGGUGUGUGCUAAAGAGGUGGCCACGUCAUGCGCCACAGCGAGCAUCGAUAGUUGCAGUUCCGGGAAGCCGGACGAGACUGCGUUGCUGCAGCUGGACUCUAGUGACUUCUCAAAGGCCUCGAAGCAGGGCCUCAACAGGCCUCGUCGUUGGCGUCGUCGUCGUGGAUCUGGUAAGAACGGAGCCUACUCAUACCAGUACGGUAAGUAUGGAUACAAGACCACAACAAAGACCACCACGACUACCACUACAGUCCUUUGCAACUAUUUGAUUUCGAUCAGCCGCAGCGAUCAAGGUGCCAGCACGCAUUGGCAAAGUCGGACCGCGACUGGGCCUCCGGGGACCACCUUUGAGACUGGGCGAGACUUCGACGAGUUCUGCUCCACUACCUACAAUGAGAAUGCCUUCGGGGCCGACUUCUGCAUGCAGAACUUCAGCGUCCCAGCCGGAGUCCGCCUCAUCAAGAGCAGCACCGGCGACAUUGUCGGUAGUGGUGUUUGUUGCAACUGA